AUGGUAAACCAAAGAAUAAAAUCAACUUUAAGUAUCACUGUUAGUUCUCAUUUAUAUCAACGUCUAAAAGAGGAAAUUGGCAGUCGCAAAAUUAGUGGGUUUGUAGAAAAGGCUAUUUCUAAGGAAUUAGGAGGACAUGAUAACAAAUUAGAAAGGGAACAAAGAGAAUUUGAAAAAAAACUAAUUGCUGGUUACAAAAGGUCAGCCCGGAGCAAAACCUUAAAAAAAGAAAGUAAAAUUUGGGAUGAAAUAUAUAAUGAUUAUUCAGUAGCGGCUCCCUUAACUAGCGAAGAGGAAGAAUUAAAAAAUAUUGAGCCCUUUGAGGUAUUAAUUGAAAGAAAUAAAGAAAAUGGCUUAGAUAAUGAAAGGAGUAAAAUACUGGUUCAUCGCUUAUUAGCAAUAGAAAAAGAGGAACGGUUGAUUACUAGAUUAGGAACGGUAGACAGUAAGAACGGCAAUAAACUAUCCGUUUCCGAAGUGCGAUUACUAAAAGAAAUGGAGAAAGUCGGUGAAAACCCUACGGAUAACCUAAUAAUUUGCGGGGACAGUCUAAACGCCCUAAUUAGUUUAAGUAAAAUACUAGAAUACCGAAAAAAGUAUGUCAAUAAAGUCAAGUUAAUUUACAUUGACCCACCUUUUAAUACCGGACAAAUGUUUGCUAAUUAUGACGACCAAUUAGAGCAUUCAGUUUGGUUAACUAUGAUGAGGGACAGGAUACUUAAAGCCUAUGAAUUAUUAAGUGAUGAUGUGGGGCAGAGUUCAACAGGCACAAAAGAAAUUCAAAAGUUAUUCCCUGACAUUAAGCCUUUUGCUACUCCCAAACCGGAAAGAUUACUCCAAAGAAUUAUCCAAAUUGCCACGAAUGAGGGAGAUAUUGUGCUGGAUUAUUUUGCUGGUUCUGUUAAUACUUUUGCUGUUCCAAGACUAAAAAAAGUUGUUUUAGGUGAGGAUAAAGGCGGGAUUAGGAUAAUUUGUUUAGCCGAAAAUGUUUUGAAUGGCAAAUUAGCGAAAUUAGUUGCGACCCAAUUAGAGUAUGAUUAUCAGCCCGAAAACGAAUAUUUUUGUGGUAAAAAAGGAGAUGUUUUAUUAGCGGUAGUAGAGGGAAUGUUAACUGAUGGACUGCUUAAUUUUUUACUUAAUUCAAAAGGCGAAAAUAAGUUUUUAGAAAUUGCUGCUUUGGCUGUUGACCCUGACUUGGAGAAAAGUAAGGCGAAUGAAAAGGAAGAAAUAGAAAAAAGAAAUUUUAUAACUAAACAUAACGGAAGUUGUAUAAAGAAAGAAAUCAGAAUUGAGGAGAUAAAUGAAUUUCUUAACCAAAAAUUACCUGAACUGCGGACAAAGAAAAGGAAUUUUGAAAAAUUUUUCGAUGAAGAUAAGAAUAUUACUAAAAUAGAAAGUUUCUUUGAUUAUGAUUUUUUUCGCCAUCUGAUAAAUUCAACUUAUCGACACUUUCGCCAUCAACUAAUAGGUGAUAAAUACAUCAUGAGGCAAACAUUAUCUCUUUCAUUGAAUAAGAAAUUCAAAACCGAAUUAACUGAACCAAGUAGUCAAAUUCCAGAAUACAAUUUUUUUCAAUUAAUUAGAACUACCGCCCAUGAAAUAUGCCAUUGCUUGCUUGGAGACUUAUUUCGCAUUUUAGGAUAUAAAAUUCAACUAUUAUUGCCGCUACAAAUCAAAUUUAUUGAAGAGAAAAUUGUUUACGUUAAUGAAAAAAUUCGACAUUUAGAAGUAGAAGAAGAGGAAAUGGAAACUCCCUUAAUAAAACAAGAACUUUUGGAUAGGAGAGAUAAACGGGAAAAAAUAAGGACGAUUAUGAAGUAUCUAGCAGAAUUACAAAUAAAUUGUUUUACCAAGAAAAAAGUUGUUAAAUGGAAGAAAAAAAAAGUUAAAAUAGCAAAAGAAAAUUACUCUGACUCCAAAAAUAAUUAUCAAAUAGAAGAAAUUAUUUACAGUUAUGAAGAAAAAACGGAACUGUCAUUAUUUCAAGGAAAAGAAAAUGAUAACUCGGAGGAGAGGGGGUUGGAUGUAGAAAACCAAGAGCCUCAUUCAAGCACCGGAGAUAAUAUAGAGAAAGGAGGUUUAGAAACUGAAUCCGAACCGGAACCGGAAGACCCAGAGGUGGAGUUAGAGGAAGUUCCAGAACCAAACGAACCAGAAAAAGAAGAAAAAAUUUCCGAAGAAACAAAAGAUAUGGAAAGAGAUGACCCAGUAAAUUCAAACAAAGAAACUUAUGUAGAAAAUAACAAAUUAUAUUUUGACAACAUUUACAAAAAACUGGAACUCCGUGAACCUAACCAGCAAGCCGUUCAAGCCUUUUUAAACUACUAUUACCAGACCAAAAACCAAAAUUCAGAAAAAUUGGCUGAAAGUAUUCUUGCGGUAGCCACCGGAGUAGGAAAAACUUAUAUCAUGGCGGCUAUUUUAAACUAUUUAGCCGAAAGCGAAAAGAUAACUAAUUUUCUAAUUGUGGCUCCGGGAAAGAUAAUCAGAGAAAAGACCAUUAAUAAUUUUUCACUCAAUAAACCUAAUUCUCUAGUUGAUAAAUUAACCAUUAAACUGCCUCAUAUUAUUGAUAUCAAAAAUUUUCAUACUGCCAAAACUACUGAUAAAAAUCAGGUUAAAUUAUUUAUUUUCACCGUUCAAUCUUUAACCCAGGUUCGCGGCAAAACUGCUCGCAAAACUAGCAAUUAUGAUGAAUUAUUGGGAACAUCUUUAAGGGAACAUUUAAGCAAAUUGGAUGACUUGGUUAUUUUAGCCGACGAACAUCAUUUGUAUUAUGGGGAAAAGUUUUCAGAGGCCAUUCGGGAACUAAAACCUAAAAUUUUAAUUGGUCUAACUGGCACUCCCCAUAAAGAAACCCCACCAAAAGAAAUAAUUUUCCGUUAUCCCUUGGCUUAUGCUUUAAGGGACGAAUUAAUUAAAAAACCGGUAAUUGUGGGACGAAAAGACAGUUAUGACAAUGAAAAAACCAAACUGGAAGAUGCUCUACUUCGCCUUAAUAACAAACAAGAACAACUUAAUCUCUACACUAAAAUUUAUAAACUUGAACCUCGUAAGGCUUUAAUGUUAAUAAUAGCCGAAGAUAUUCAACAUGCCCUAGAAACCGAAACUUUACUAAAAAGUGAAUGUAAUUUAACCGAAGCCGAGAUAAUUAGAGUAGACAGCAGCAAUAUUAAUGAAACUCUGGCCCAAGAACUACAAACUAUUGAUGAUUUUAAUAACCCGAAAAAAAUCAUUAUCGCGGUGGGAAUGUUAAAAGAGGAUAACAUUGAAAAUCUUUUCCAACGUCAUGAGUUCACCGCCACCGAAAAUAAAAUAGAAACCCAAGAAAUAGAAGAAGAAUUAGUGGCUAGUCAGCAGAAAGGAGAACUAAAUGAAAUUAGAAAAAAACUAACCCAAAGUAUUUAUGGAAACUUUUGCGUUCAACCAAUUUUACCGGAAUUAGAAACGGCUCAACAAAUUGCUAGUUUAGUGGUAAAAGAAGACAAUUUGGAGAUAGUAGCCUCUAACUUACGACUGGUAGCCUAUCAAAUAAAUAAAAUAAUCCAGGAAUUUGCUAAAACAAAACUGGAUAAAGAUACGGAAAAAUCUAUUUGA